AUGGAAUACCUUAUUCGUUUCUCUCAGUCUCAUGAGAGUUUUCGUUUGCCAGAAAUUCAGUCACUCGCCAUCGUCGAAGGUCUUGAUCUAGAAGUUAUUUCCUAUAGCGAUGAGUCGCCUUUCUGCAUAGUCCGGCUAGAGUCUGAAGAUGCUGCAAAAGCUCUCCUAAGGCGUUCGGUAUUGGCGCAAACUAUUCAUGAACUUUGGGGUACUGCCGAGAAAUACGACGAGCUACACGCCGCCGUCAAACGUGACACUGCUCACUUAUGGCCUAAAUAUAAAGAUGUCUCGUUCAAGAUUAACAUAGACGCUUACCAAGGCUCCCGAACGGAGAAGAAUAAAUUGGCACUCAUAAAUAGCUUUGCCUAUCUUCCUUUCGAAGGGUUAAUUCUUCUAAAGUCUCCGGAUCAGGAAUUUACAAUAUUCGAACAGUGGGAAUUUGAUUCCGUACCGCGUGACCUACCUAACCCCUUAAAGAUACACUUCGGUCGUCUCGUAGGUCAUAGUGUGCGCGAGUUAAUCAAAACCUACGAUCUCAAAAAGCGAGGAUAUAUCAGCACGACCUCCAUGGAUUCGGAAUUAGCUUUAGUUACAGCCAACAUUUCCCUUGCCGCACCAGGAAAAAUCUUCUACGACCCCUUCGUCGGGACUGGCAGCUUUCCUAUAGCAUGUGCGCAUUUUGGCGCUCUUGGCCUAGGAAGCGAUAUUGAUGGUCGUAGCGUCAGGGGCGAAGGUGGGAAGAAGAGCUUAAAAGGUAAUUUUAAGCAAUAUGGACUAGAGUCUCUACUUGGUGGCGUUUUCGUUAGCGACUUGACCAACAGUCCCGUACGAAGAGCGCAGAUACUCGACGGCAUCGUCUGUGAUCCACCAUACGGCGUGAGGGAAGGACUAAAAGUUCUCGGGUGUAGAGACCCGGAGAAGGACGUCUGGCUCGUGGAGAAGGGAAAGCGAUCAUAUCAAAAACCGACAUUUGUCCCCCCGAAGAGACCAUAUAGUUUUACAGCUAUGUUAGAUGACAUAUUGGAUUUUGCCUCGGAUACCUUAGUGGACAACGGUCGUCUGUCUUUCUGGAUGCCGUCUGCUAAUGACGAAGAACAAGAAAUUCCUAUACCAACGCACCCGCGCUUGAGCGUCGUGGUCGUCUGCUCGCAGGUGUUUAAUAAAUGGUCACGAAGGUUAAUUACUUACCGCCGUCUACCGGAUUCGGAUGUUGACGUGGCUGCGUUGGCGCAAAGGAAGCGAGAAGAGCAAGUAAAGGGUCGUACUGCAGAUGACUUAAAUUCGUUUCGCCGAGCAUAUUUUAGGGGGUUCAAACCAGAGGAAGCGAGCGCAGAUGUCGUGGCUGGGUGA